CGCACCCACCUCGCGGGACGCCCCGCCCGCGGCCCGCCCUCGCUGGCCCAGCCCAGGGCCCUCCCGGAGCUAUUUUGAAAGUGACCCUGGGCUGGGGCGGCCGCGGGGCGGCGGGCAGAGGCGCGGCGGGCGCGCGGGAACCAUGACAGAAGAUGACCGAGGCGGCGCUGGUGGAAGGCCAGGUCAAGCUGCGGGACGGCAAGAAGUGGAAGAGUAGGUGGCUGGUGCUGCGCAAGCCGUCGCCGGUGGCAGACUGCCUGCUGAUGCUGGUCUACAAGGACCGGUCGGAGCGCGCCCGGGGCCUGCCGGAGCGCAGCAGCCAGACGCUGGAGCGCAUCUGUGGCCUGGAGCCGGGGCUGCCCUACGAGGGCCUGGCCCACACGCUGGCAGUUGUCUGCCUGCCGCAGGCGGUCAUGCUGGGCUUCGACAGCCGGGAGGCCAUGUGCGCCUGGGACGCCCGGAUCCGCUGCGCGCUGGGCGAGGUGCACAGGUUCCACGUGACGGUGGCCCCAGGCACCAAGCUGGAGAGCGGCCCUGCCACCCUCCACCUCUGCAACGACAUCCUAGUCGUGGCCCGAGACGUCCCUCCGGUCGUCACGGGCCAGUGGAAGCUGUCCGACCUCCGGCGCUACGGGGCGGUGCCCAACGGGUUCAUCUUUGAAGGCGGGACCAGGUGUGGGUACUGGGCCGGGGUCUUCUUCCUGUCCUCCGCGGAGGGCGAGCAGAUCAGCUUCCUGUUCGACUGCAUCGUUCGCGGCAUCUCCCCGACCAAGGGCCCCUUUGGGCUGCGGCCGGUUCUCCCAGGUGCGUGGGGAGCACGGCGUGGCAGGGGGCCCUCGGCGUCCGCCCAGCUGGGCUCCUGGGGACUUCGGCCUUCCUCCACAGGCCUGAGCUGUUGGGGCGCCCAGGCCACCACUGGUUGGGACGGUCGUGCCGAUCAGAAGUGGUCAACCGGGUGGGGGUCAGCCAGAGACCCCAGCCCCGGGCGGGGCUCCUGCAGACCUUCUGAGCAGCCCUGGCACCCAGACUGGCGGGGGGGGAGGGCGAGCCUGAGGUCACAGGGACUGUGGGCUGGGGUGGGACAGGGGCUGCUGGGCGUGUGCCUCAUCUGGUCCCCUUCCCUGCUCGUGGCCGGGUGCCCUCUUCCAGCCUCUGGGCCGGAGCCUCCAGGCCAGCUCUGGUGGCUGGCGUGGCAGCGCCCUCUGCUGGCGCUGUCCCUCCUUGCAACCCAGUGUGGCUUGAGCACAGGGUGCGGACAGUGGGCUCCCGGGGCGGGGUGGAUACCUGUGGCCCCACCGUGGGUUGGGGACACACCAGGCUGGCCCUACAGUGCUGGGCUCGCCAUGACGUCCCGGGUAGCACGGGGGCUGUGGCUGAGGGGCUGCCGGGAGGGGGCCGGGUCUGCCUCUGGUGAUUCCUCUCUGCUGCAGACCCCAGCCCCGGGGGACCCGCCGCCGAGGAGCGAGUGGCCCAGGAAGCCCUGGAAGCGCUGCAGCUGGAGAAGCGGCUCAGCCUCCUCUCCCACCUCGGCCGGCCCGGCAGCGGAGGGGACGACCGCAGCCUGUCCAGCUCGUCGUCAGAAGCCAGCCACUCGGACGUCAGCGCCAGCAGUCGGCUCGCCCCGUGGCCGGAGCAGUCCUCGUCCUCGGCCAGCACGUCGCAGGAGGGGCCCGGGCUGGCGGCGGCUCAGGCCCCGGGGGAAGCCGUGCUGGGCGCCUCGCGGCCGCCUCCCAAGCCGCCGAGGCCGCGGCAGCUGCAGGAGGUGGGCCGCCAGAGCUCCUCGGACAGCGGCAUCGCCACGGGCAGCCACUCCUCCUACUCGGGCAGCUUCUCCUCCUGCGCCGGGAGCAGCCUGGACGUGUGGCGCGGCGGCGACGAGCUCGGCUCGCUGCUCAGCCUGCCACCGGCAGCGGGGGCGCCCGAGCCCAGCCUGUGCGCCUGCCCGCCCGGGACAGCGGAGUACCAGGUGCCCAGCGCCCUGCGGCCCCAUUACGACACGCCCCGCAGCCUGCGCCCGGCCCCCAGGGACCAGACCCCCACUGCCCAGGGCGGCCCCGACGGCAGUGCAGCCGGGGACCCCGGCGGCCAGACGCCCACAGGCUGCCCCUCCGGUGCGAGGCGGCGGGGACAGGAGGCGGAGGCCCCGGGCGGCGAAGCCGCCCGAGUGCCCUGGGAAGCAGGCGGCCCCCACGCGGGGCCCCCUCCGGCCUUCUUUUCCACGUGCCCGACCUGCGGAGGGCUCAAGGUAAACCCCCUUCCCUGAGGGCAGGCGCGCCCCUCCUCACGGGCACGCGUGAGGGCCGUCCUUUGGGCAUUUGGUGACACCGGCAACAGUGCGGCUUAGUGGGGCGUGGGGACGGG